AGGACGGGAGGGAGGGAGGGAGGCUCGACAGAGGAUGGAGGGAGCCUUUCGCCAAAUGCUCGCAUCGCCUGCCAGCUAGCCGGGCUCUGGGAGCGGGCCGAGCGAGCUGAGCGGUGAUGCAAUGCACUCCCAGCUGCAGCUCCGAGCCGCGGGGCCACGGUGAGAGACUCGCAGAGCCCCGGGUCGGCCGCUGUGCGGACUGAGGCAGAGGGCAGCUGCCCCUCUCCUCCUCCUCCAUCGCCCCCCGCGGUUCCUCCCGCGCCCCGCUCGCCACACACCAGCAGCCCAGGGUCCCUAUCCCCGUGGCCUUCAGGCGCAGCGGUUGUGUGAGUCGUGUUAGGUGGAGGUGGCGGUGGUGGUAGUUGUAGGUGGUGGUGGUAGUUGUAGGUGGUGGUGGUAGUUGUAGGUGGUGGUAGUUGUAGGUGGUGGUGGUGCCGCGCUCUGGCUGCGGUCGUGCUGGGAGCUCUGCCGCGACGAGAGGGUGGAGGAGCAGGGAUUGUGGAGCGAGGAGCCGGGAGACGACGCCGGGAGACGCGACCGAGGACAGCGGUGAGACAGCGGCCCCGUGGGACCUCCUCCGGGGUCUCCCCGCGUCUCCUGCCACUCCUCCCAGUGGGCAAGAUGAACGUGCAGCGCUCCCUGCCCAUCGCCAUCGCCCGCCCGGGUCCCCACGCGCGCCACAAGACCCACGGCGGAGACCCGGCCGACGAUUCGGGGCCGCCGCCCGGCGCAGGCGGCUGGGCUCGGCGCAGCUCGUCCGAGCAGCAGGGGUCCUCCUCCUCCUCUCAGGCGGCGCUGAGCCCCGGUCCGUUCCCCGGCAGCCUCGGCUCGCCCACGCCGCCGGGCACCCCCGGCACGUUCGUCUGCGCGUCGCGCAUCGGCCACUACGUGCUGCUCGAGCCGCUGGAGGGCCAGAGGAUGCUGAGGGCGGUGAACACGCACACGGGCAGGGAGCUCGUCUGCAAGGUUUUCGACGUGGCGAGCUACCGCGACUCGCUGGCGGCCUACUUCCGGAUCCCGCCGCACGAGAGCGUGGCGUGCGUGGACGAGGUGCUGCUGGGCGAGCACUGGGCCUACGCCUUCCUGGAGCGCGGCUGCGGCGACCUCCACUCGCACGUGCGCGCCUGCAAGCGGCUGCCCGAGGAGGAGGCGGCGCGCCUCUUCCACCAGGCCGUGUCGGCCGUGGAUCACUGCCACCAGCACGGCAUCGUCCUGCGCGACCUCAAGCUGCGCAAGUUCGUCUUCCGUGAUGAGGACCGGAUGAGCUUGCGGCUCGAGGGCCUGGAGGACGUGUGCGUGCUGCACAGCGACGACGACUCGCUGGCCGAGAAGGUGGGCUGCCCGGCCUACGUGAGCCCGGAGAUCCUGACGGCCGGCGGCUCGUCGGGCCGUUACUCGGGCCGCGCGGCCGACGUGUGGAGCCUGGGCGUGAUGCUCUACACCAUGCUCGUGGGCCAGUACCCCUUCCACGAGAGCGAGCCCACGGCGCUGUUCGCGCGCAUCCGCCGCGGCCAGUACGCGCUCCCCGAGGCGCUGUCGCCCAAGGCGCGCUGCCUCAUUCGCGACCUGCUGCGCAGGGACCCGAGCGAGCGGCUCACGGCGCGCGACAUCCUCCACCACCCGUGGUUCGCCUGCGACUUCUCGGCGGCGGCGGCCGUCGCGGCCAGGGAGCCGGGCUGCGGGCAGGACGUGCACUCCGACCAGCUGGUGCCCGAGGGCCUCGCGCACGACGGCGAGGAUCCCUUCUUCGGUUAGCGGCGACGGGGGCUGAGGGCAGGCGUGAAGAAAGGAACGAGGAAUCCCACGGACGUACCGAACGAGAACUGCCGACGUGAACUCUGUGAUUAUGUCCGGGCUCCAGGGUGCCUUGCCAAUGGAAAUACGAGUUUGAAUCACGGCGCGAAUGACACUUUAGCGAGACGACCGGGAUAACAAACAAACACAAAACUGUUGAAAGAUGUGUGUGUGUGUGUCUCCUGUUUUUAGCACAAUCACGGUGCUUACCAAACCACUGAUGGUAUCGAGAGGUGGGAUCGCCACUGCUCAUGGGUAGGAGACGAGCGCCGAGAGAAGUGUUAUCUGAAGCUAGCCCACACUCGCCCGUUUCUUAAAUUUGCACAAUUUACCUGAAAAAUGGCAUUACUUGAUUUUGUUUUAACAUUCCAGGAAAAUAAGUGAAGCUGAAAAUUUUGAGGAAUUCUGAAACACGAGCUAAAUCAGGAAAAAGCAGAGCCACGGCUGAGUACAAUGGUGGGACCGACCUCUGGGUACAGCACACCUCACUCAGGAAUUCGGUUCAAGUAGCCAGAGUACACAACCAUAACGCAUCUUUGAAACAUCUCAUUAAAGCUGCUGUGUCCAUUCUUAGAGAACGAAGGCAUUUACCUGUCUCCUUUGUCAUGUUUGUACGUUACAUUAACGCUGGCUGAGACAAAAAAGGUGAUACCACUCUUAAAAGAUACGCAGAAAGCAAAUUGUCGAGAUAAACGUCCAUCUGCUCCCCGCCCGCCGUUGCCGCACCCUCCAGCUCACUCGCCCCCUGCCCAAGUGAGAGUUCCUUGCAUCUCAAGGUCCUUCUUCAUCUCGGGCUCGUUUGAAGUAAAGUUAGCGGCGGAACGACGAUUGGGUCACGUGUUGGAGUAAUUAAAUAAAUAAAAACUGGAGGCCGUUUUAAAAGUCACGCGGCCGAGAAUGUUUUUUUGCAGAUUAAGUUUACUGAUGUUUCACCCCCGUAAAUGUACACAGCGUAGCGCAUUGAAGAGACGACUUUAAGAGUCGCAAUGUCUCCACAUUAAUAGUCGGGCACUCUCGCACUGCGGCAAGUUCUGCCUUUAGCGCACUCCCUUUCAUUUCACAAAGAGAUUCAUAGUCCGUCAUGUUUGUCGGGUCUAUUUAGGAUCCUAAAAGUCGCAAGUUCGAACCAACUCAACACAAGGGCUGUGCAGAGAUUGCUCUGGCACACAAACGAUGGCACGGGCCCCUCCGGCUGGGAGACGAUGCGGAGAAGAUGUGCGUCACAUCUUCACCGCCAGCUCCCGUGGCGAAAUAAAAUAUACACAAAAAACCUUUGAACAUAUCACACAACCCGUUGAUGAAAGUUCCUUUCGUAUAAACCCAUUUACGUAAAUGUAUUUCACGCCAUGAGGACGAGCAGCUUUAAUACUAUAUUCUUCCGUGAUUACUUACAACGAAAUACUUUGUCGGUGGCGUCGUUUAUCUAUAACCUUGUAGAAUCCGUUGCCGCUUAAAACCAUCGCAGCUUUGCCUAAUUGACGAGACGAAACGGCGGCGUUGCGUGGUUGAUCUCGAUGGGGGAGCGGUUACUUUGGCUGAAGUCGCCCACCCUCGGUUUCCUUUGAGGAUCUCGUGCCGGUGUUGGGACUCGCAGUCUUCUCAUCUCGUGGCCCUUCGCGAGAAUUUGCUCGCCAGCGAUCAUGUCACGAGCGAAAUUAGUGACAAAAAUAUUCGUCAACGAUGCAUUUUAGUUGUUUUUGUUUUAGUCAACACAGAAGCGCGGCGCCGAUUAUGACUCCCCACCAAAGACCAAUGAGUGACAUGACUGUGAUCGUUCAACAAGCAGUGCACUGAGGAAGACCGCACAUGGUAAAUUUACCAGACUGUACAUAUAUAUAAAGGAUGAACCGAGUUUCCCUGAUUGGCUGACCUGAUCAAAAAAAUUGACGGGAAACUGCAUGGUCCUCACGCCAAUGAUGAAAAACUAAAGAGUCAACUGAAUGUGUCGACUGCUUUAGUCAACCACUGCAGGCUGAGAGCAACUUCUGCGCGUGAGAUCCGCAGACCGAGCGAGGCUCGUGCUGAAGCUCCACAGGCCGUCAUUGUGGUACGGACCGCGACCGCGACCCAAAGACAACAAAACGACGAGGAAAUUGCCGCCGGUGCCAGCCGAGGUUGGCGUGUCGCUUCGUCAGGCAAGAGAGUAGUUUAUGCUUUUUAGUUGUGCCCCUGGUGUAAAAACUGUACUGCGGCGAUGGAAAAAAAACUGCAUUUGUGUUUGCUCGAGCCAGUCUGACGGCAUUGUGGCGGACGGUUUAUUUUUUAAAUUAUUAUUGUUGUUAUUUUCAAACAGGGUUUUUUUGCGUAUAAGUUGUGAAACUACGCUUAUUUGAUGCACGUCAGGGAGACGCACAGUAUUACGGAAUGGCAAAGCACUGUUAUGUUUCCAUCAGUAAUAAAUAUACGCGUACACACCACGCUAACGAUUCAUCAGCAUUUCAAUGAAACAGCAAUAUGCUAACAACAACAAAAUCUGUUAAUAUUUUUUUCUCGUAAAAUAAAGUUACAUGGGACUUUUAAUUUAGUUUUGUAAAGGUGCUUAAGCUGAAGAGCAACUCGUAGGGUCUUGUGCUCUUUGGAGUCAAAUACUGUACUCACAAUUCAGCAUUUACUGCUCUGCCAACUGUGCACGCCAGGGCCAAUCGGUCCGUGCCCACCCGCUAGAUUCUGUUGAGAGAGAAAGCAACUGAACUGUUGCGAGCGGUGAUAAAUAAUCGGAACGGCAAAGUCACCUCGCGUGAGAGGACAACUUGAGGUGCGGAUGUUUUGUCCGUCGUUUCUCGAGUUGGAAGCUCUCCGAAGCGUUUUUGUGUCAUUCCGCACGCCGCUCAGCACGAUAUGUGACAUUUUGCUCCACGUGAUGAAAAACAUGUUGCUGGCACCUGGAGCGAAACGCCGGACCUCGUGCCUGGCGGUGUGCCGAACGAGCCGAACGCCCGUGGGGAGAGACACGCAGAGCAACCGCGGAAACCCUACCGGUCGCUUUUCUCUGUUUCCAUUCGAGAGAUGUAAUCUCCUAGUCCAAACCAAAAACAGCCUGGAACUUCUCAUGAAGUAUUUAUGUAUUUAUGUUAAGUCCCUUUGAGUUGCUCGUCUCUACUGCCAAAUGUACUUCAAACAUCAGUAUUGUGUCCAUCUCAGAGCGUAGACGCAGCGACUCGUCUUGUCCCGCGCAGGCAGUAGGGUCCCUCCUGUGCCCAAUGUCCAUCGCUGUCGGUACGACGCGAGUACCUCGUGCUGGUGGUCGGGCGUGUAGAAUGGAAAAUACUUUGUCGAGCAGUAUUUAGGUGCAGACCGUUAACGGCUCGUGAUCUCGCCCUGCGAUUUCGCGAGUGCUCCUUUUUGAGUCUGGUGGUCCACAAAAUACGAAGUGCUCUCGACGCGCGCACACCGACUCGGACUCGCCGACUCGCAAACCUUCCAGAAACUCAACGUGCGUCCGGAAGUCGGAGAUCGAUGAACAAAGCGACGACGACGACGAGCGGCCACCCUCUCCGCAGGGACCGCUCGGAACCAGAAGACGCGCGCCGCUGUCGCCAGGCACGCGGCUCCUCGCGCCGCAUCCACGGGAACGAUCACAAUCGGAGCCGUGCCGAUGUGUGAACACGCUGACGCUCUCCGUCGGGUGACCGAGGGUGGUGGCGGCGCCUUUCGCCCGCAGCAUUCGUGGUGAUGCCACAGACGCUUCUCAACCACGUGACCCCCUCAAUGUUAUAUUUCUGUAGCAGCAUUAUUCUGAAUACCUCAAUGUACUACACUUCCACUAUAUUUAAUAGCGAACCACACGGAGAGCAUUUUCAUUUAGCAUAGUAGCGUGUUGCCGUCUUUAUUAAUAUAUACACACACAAACUGUGCAGGUGUGCGGUGUUGAGUUUCGCCUGGAACAGAGUUGCCGAUGUAUGCGUCACCGUUCACAUCUCCACACACACCUGUGCUGUAUACUCGCUGACUGCACGCCUCGUGUGAUCGUGGACGGUGUCAAAUACUAUAAUGCAUUCAUGCUGCAGCACAGAGAUGUCUGCGGAUAGUUUUGUUUUGUUUGUUUUUUAAAAUAGCAAGCUUUGCGCACGCGUGUGCGCGCAUCGCUCGGCUUCCAAAACGCUCUAACACAAGUAACCCUUGACCCCUUUUAAGAAAUGUAUUUAGGAUAACCCGUAAACAAUCUACAAUUUAAACAUCUUGUUUUUAUUUUGAGCGGGAUGUUUUACGUCUUCGAGAACCGUCGUGGUUGUUUUCUUGGCAAAAAGCGCGAAAAAUAAACGACGCUGACCAUUUACGAUUGCGUAGAAAGCUCUUGCGAAGCCACGUGUUAGGGUCGUAUACAUUUCUAAACGUUCUGUUCAUGCAAAGUUAUCGUUCUGGAUGUUGUGUUCGUGCGAGUGCUUUGUAAAUGUUGAUGUAAAUAACGCAGCAUUCCCAUCGGCACAGCGGAGUGGGCCCGAGUGGAGGUGCUGGCUCUCGAUGUCUCUGUAAAAAAAAGAAACGACUUAGGAUGUCUGUUUUAUCUAAUAAAGACGAGACCUGUA